AUUUUUUUUUAACUACAUUACGAGCGUGGAUUGUUUCAAGCUCUACAUGUAGGCCCUAAGUCGGCCCACGGUGGAAGCUAAGUCAGACCGUCUGGAUAUUUUAUACUACACUGUUUCCGCUUGUUCUUCUGGAUUAUAUGUUUUACUCAUUUCGGAUUCUUUGGACGUUCAUUUCUUGCUGGAUUCAUACUUAGUAGUUUGCGUAAUCCAGUUUAAAUAGUUGUAUACAAUUUGUGAAUGUGUUAACGCUUUUGGAUACACCCAUUCAAGAAAAAAAGAAAAUAAACAUCGAGCUUUAAGAAAAGGUGAAGGUCGCUGCAAUGGCGACAUUGUAUCCUGAACCAACUUCAUCGGAGUAUCUUCAAGCAGACGAACCCAACCCACCCCUCACCAACUCAUAUUUUUCGCACACCCCAUCAACAAUGACCCAACGCAGUUUCGGAUCUUCCCGUUCAGCUUUCACGAUAGCACUUCCUUGCGCGCCGAAACGCGGUGCGGUUCUAGCUUUAGCAUUCCUUCUCUGCUUUCACCUCGCUCUCGGCAACGUCGGGAAAAUGUGCAAAGAUUUGAACCUGGAGCAAGCCACGGCUAUGGCGUCCGUCGUCGUAUCCGGCACGGUGAAAAAAGUCAUGUAUGACCACGAUAACUCACUCAACGAGACCCGGAUGUUCGCCGGACAGAUCGAGAUUAAGCGAGUCUUCAAAGGGGAGGAUGAGGUGGACAGGGUAGCGAAGGACGUUCGGGGGACGUUCCGGGUGUACAAGAAUGUGGUGGUGGAGGGGUUUGGGGACCCGAAGAUCUGCCAGAAUCUGGUCAAGGAGAGGGAGACGAAGAUCUUCAUGCUGAACCUGAGCGACGACGGUCAGCUGAAGUUGAAUUCCUCGAUAAUCCCGCUGACUUUGAACUUUUUGGAUUAUGUGGAUGCGGUCGUACACG